AUGUUCUCCAGGGCUGUCGGGCUGCGCUGUGCAGCUUCAAGGGGUCUAUAUGGCUGGAACCGCCAGCAGAUGCCCGUACUCAGAACACUGGCAACUCUUUCGACACGUCGGAACUUAUCACAGCAGCACCAACUUUUAUCCCGACAGCGCCUAAAAUUGGGUUUCCCGGCAGCUCACCUAGUUCGCUGCAGAGCAUACUCGGACUCUGCAGACAAAACCGACAAAGAAAAGCCUUCAGCGACAGGCGUAUUCCAAUACACCGGCCCUUUUGAAACUACAUGGAGAAGACUGAAAUUGUUUUCACUCGCUUCGUUCGGACUUACCACCGUCUUCUCACCUUUUAUCUUCGUCGUCGAGUCCAGUUUGCCCAACUCUGCCCGUAUUGCCCUUGCAACAUUGGCCGUGGGUACCUCGGGCUUCAGCACAUCGCUCGUAGCAUGGUGCGCCAAACCCUACGUCACAAAACUACGGCGUUAUACCCCCGAAGGUGAAGACGGGGAAAUCCUCGAAUUGACAACGAGGAACCUACUUUUGAAGGAUAGGAUCACAACCGUUUACGACCCCGAAUUCUUAGUCGAGACGCGGCGACCUAUGGCCAAGUGGGAACUUGCGAAGACAGUUGUUCUCCCUCAAACCCGAGUUGCCUCAGAAGGAAACGAUCUAGUUGGGAAACAGGAGACUGUCGCCGAGACAAGGGACGAACACGGCAAACUCAUUGGCAGAUGGGUGGUCGAGUGGAAGGAAGGCGGUGAAGGACAUUGUCACCAAGCCGGAUAUGUCGUUAGGUAUUGCUCCAUCCGCUGGUCCUUGGUUUUGCUGCGCAGGAAGCUCAUUGUCGUGACUCUUUAG